CGUAUCUUGAAAUCAGAUACCUGAAUUCAGGUCUUUCCCCUUUUUUUUUACUAAAAUAUCUGUUGGUAAUAAUGCUUGACAUGGGCUCGACUUAUGAUGCAGAUCCUUCUAACGAGCAAAGGAACAAAUGGCAAGAUGAACAAAAUAAAUUACGCCAGCAACACGAAAUGUACGACAUGUUAGACUUCGAUCCCAAAACAUUGGAUGGCUUAAACUAUAUUGCUGGUGUAGAUCUCAGUUUUCCGCUUGGUGAUAAUGAAAAUGCUGUUGCUUGUUUGAUCGUAAUGUCGAUGCCAGAACUCAAGGUUGUCUAUAAAAAGUUCCUCGAGACCAAACUUUACCUUCCGUACAUAUCAGGAUAUUUGGCAUUUCGAGAAGUUGGUCCCUUGUUGAAACUGCUUGACGAGCUGAAAAUUGAGCACCCAGAGCUCUAUCCACAGAUGAUUCUUGUUGAUGGAAAUGGAUUAUUGCAUCCACGUCAAUUUGGUAUAGCGUCGCAUCUAGGUGUAUUAAGUAAUACACCAACGAUUGGCAUAGCCAAAACAUUUUUGAUGAUUCCUGAUGAUCUUGACGAUCUCUUACAAGUCAAAACAAAGUACAAGAAAGAGCUUUUAAAAAAAGGGGACGCAAUGGAUCUGAUAGGUAAUAAGUCCAAGAUUAUAUAUGGCACCGCACUUCGAACGUCCGAUAGUGCACCUAAUCCUGUCUUUGUGAGUCAAGGACAUAGAGUGUCAUUGCAAACAUCUGUUAAAGUUGUUCUGGCAACGUGUCCUAAAUAUCGCAUACCUGAGCCAAUCCGUGCUGCAGAUCUUGAGAGUAGAGCCUAUAUCAGGGAACAACCAUCAAAAUAGAAGCCUGGUACACAAUUAUUAUCGGCAUCAUAAAGCUUACAUUCCUGCUGAUUCUUGCUCCGUGCGGUUUUGAUACGCGUGCUUAAAUAAAAUCAGCGGCUUUAUUGAGUGAAAGCUAGAAUAUAUAAUUUCAUUUGAUUAAAAAAUAUUUACACAUGAAUGUUCCUGAAAUAACAAAUAAA